AUGGUUAAGAAAGAACUUGACAAGCGCAUCACAGCGCUGAUACGAAAUGGAGUUCAGGAAAAGAAACGAUCCUUCUUCAUCGUUGUAGGCGACCGCGCCAAGGACGUCAUCGUCCAUCUACACUACAUCCUUUCCCACGUCGACAUCAAGCAAAACCGGUCGGUACUAUGGGCCUACAAGCAGAAACUCAUUGGUUUCACCAGUCACCGAAAAAAGCGAGAAGCAAAGAUAAAGAAAGAAAUAAAACGCGGUAUUCGUGAAGCGAACUCGGAAGACCCCUUCGAGCUAUUCGUCAGCUCCCAGGAUAUCAGAUAUGUAUACUAUAAAGAGACGGAAAAGAUUUUGGGAAAUACGUAUGGAAUGUGUAUUCUUCAGGAUUUUGAGGCUAUUACGCCCAACCUGCUGGCAAGGACGAUUGAAACCGUGGAGGGGGGUGGCUUGGUCAUCAUGCUGUUGAAGACAAUGACGAGUUUGAAGCAGUUGUAUACGAUGUCGAUGGAUGUUCAUUCGCGGUAUAGGACUGAGGCUCACGGAGACGUGGUGGCGAGGUUUAACGAACGAUUUAUAUUAUCGCUUGGAGAUUGUCAGAGCUGUUUGGUCAUAGACGACGAAAUGAACGUUCUACCGAUAUCAGGCGCCCGACAUGUCAAACAGCUACCUCCAGUAUCCUCGGACAACAAGGAUUCGAAAUCGAAGAAAGAAUUGGAUGCGGUGAAGGAGAUGGUGGCAGAUGUCCAACCUACAUCUUCAUUGGUUAACCUGGCAAAGACGGCCGAUCAGGCUCAGGCGCUGUUGACCUUCAUCAAAGCGAUAACAGAAAAAACCCUCCGAAGUACAGUCACAUUAACGGCCGGCCGUGGGCGAGGAAAGUCCGCAGCACUCGGUGUUGCAAUUGCUGCGGCAGUAGCAUACGGCUAUUCCAACAUCUUCAUAACUUCCCCCAGUCCGGAGAACUUGAAAACCCUCUUUCAAUUCAUAUUUAAGGGUUUCGACGCUUUAGGCUAUACCGAUCAUCUCGACUACAACAUCGUCCAAUCUACAAACCCAGACUUUAACAAGGCCAUUGUCAGAGUCAAUAUCUUCCGCCAGCAUAGACAGACGAUUCAGUACAUCCAACCCGCAGAUGCGCACGUCCUAGGACAAGCAGAACUAGUAGUAAUCGAUGAAGCCGCCGCAAUCCCACUCCCUCUGGUUCGAAACCUCUUGGGUCCAUAUCUUGUCUUCAUGGCUUCCACUAUCAACGGCUACGAAGGCACAGGUCGAUCUCUUUCCCUCAAGCUCAUCCAGCAACUGCGUGAUCAAUCCCGUAAUACCAGCAAACCCGCCGAUUCCAAAGAUAACGGUGUUCCAGGCGGCCGUCAACUCCAAGAAAUAGUCUUGAACGAACCAAUUCGUUAUGCCCCCGGAGAUUCAGUUGAAGAAUGGCUAAACAAGCUCCUCUGCUUAAACGCCACACUUCCUCGGAAGUCCAGCAUCAAAGGUUGUCCUCACCCGGAUGAAUGCCAGCUAUACAACGUUAACAGAGAUACUUUAUUCUCAUACAACAAGGUUUGCGAAGCAUUCCUCCAAAACAUGAUGGCACUCUACGUUGCAAGUCACUAUAAAAACUCCCCGAACGAUCUUCAACUAAUGAGCGAUGCACCCGCGCACCAACUUUUCGUUCUACUACCUCCAAUUGAUCCAAACUCCAAGGAAAUCCCGGAACCACUGUGUGUAAUUCAAGUGGCCUUGGAAGGUCAGAUCUCAAAGCAGUCAGUACUGAGCCAACUUGGUCGAGGGCAGCGCGCAGACGGAGAUUUAAUCCCCUGGCUCGUGACCCAACAAUUCCAAGACGAAGACUUUGCUACUCUAUCCGGCGCAAGAGUAGUCCGUAUCGCCGUGAACCCAGAAUACACAAAAAUGGGCUACGGUUCUAAAGCCCUCCAACUCCUCCAAGAGUUUUAUGAAGGAAAAUUCGCCAGUUUGGAUGAAAAUGAUACCUAUAUUAACGAGAAAAUGGUCAGAAUAACAGACGAAGAACUUGAAGAUGCUUCUUUAACCACCGACAAAGUCGCCGUCAGAGAGAUGAACGCCAUGCCUCCACUUCUCCUCCGCCUCAACGAAAAGAGACCAGAUGAACUGGAUUACCUAGGUGUAUCAUAUGGCCUAACAAACCAACUUCACCGAUUCUGGAAGAAAGCAAGUUUCGUACCUGUAUACCUCCGUCAAACUCCCAACGAACUGACGGGAGAGCACACUUGCGUAAUGAUUAAAACGUUGGCAGAGAAGGAUAAAGAAUGGCUCGGCGCCUUUGCAAAAGAUUUCCACAAGAGGUUUAUCAACCUCCUAGCCUACCAAUUCAGGGCAUUCCCAUCAGUCCAGUCAUUGUCGAUCAUGGAAUCUGCUACCGCCGGUGCAGCAUUAGCAAACAUCCCGACAAUACCUCUACGAAGGGAUCAACUCGACGAACAAUUCUCGCCAUUCGACUUGAAGAGACUGGAAUCUUAUGCGAACAGCAUGUUAGAUCACCAUGUCAUCACCGAUUUGGUCCCCUUAAUCUCAUCUUUGUACUUCACCGGAAAACUCCCAGCGACCGCUAAACUCUCCGGUGUUCAGAGCGCGAUCCUAUUGGCUAUAGGUCUUCAAAAGAAGACUACCGAAGACGUAGAAAAGGAGUUAAACCUACCCAACCAACAGGUCCUAGCUAUGUUUGUAAAGAUCAUGAGAAAAGUGUCUACUGCACUAGGAGGAAUUGUUUCACAGGCCAUUGAGGAGACUUUGCCGGCUGAACAUCACGGCAGAAAGAAAAUUGGUGCUGAGGAGGCUAUUGACGGCGGUGAGGACGAGGAGAUGGCGGAUGUGUCAAAGAGAUUGAAGCCUUUGGAGCAAACUUUGGAAGAGGACCUGGAGGAGGGAGCUGAUGAGGUUAAGAUCGCGUUGAAGGAGAAGCAGAGGGAGUUGAUUAAUGCUUUGGAUUUGCAGAAAUAUGAAAUCCCAUCUGCCUCCGGAGAAUGGGAGGAUGCAGAAAAACAAGUUACUGGCGGCAACAGCACUGGAAGAAGCACGACGAUUAGCGUCAAGUCUUCGAAACAGAUAAAGAGGAAAGCCGGCGAAUCUGCAGCAGAGAUUUAUGAAAAGGAGAUGAGUUCUACAAAAUCCUCUAAGAAGAAUAAGAGGAAGUGA